AUGGAUGAGCGUAAGGAAUUGUGGAGUGACAUUCAGGAUCACUACGACUCACCUCUGUUCCGGAAUAAGCCGUGGCUAAUAUUUGGAGUUUUUAAUGAGAUUCUCGAUGUAGAGGAGCAUUCGAGUUUUGAAAACUAUCCAAACAUAACUACGGGAAUGAGGGAUUUUCAAGACUUGGUGCAAUAUUGUUCUUUAUCUGAUUUGGUUUCUCAGGGACCUCUGUUCACAUGGAGUAAUAAACGAGAACAAGGAAUCAUUUCAAAAAAACUGGAUAGAGUGCUCAUGAAUGAGCAUUGCCACCAAGUUUUUCAUGAAUCUUAUAGUGUUUUUGAAGCUGGAGGUACCUUAGAUGCAGAUUUCAUCUAA